GCCUAUAGACUCUUCUUCCUCGUCACCUCCCACCGCUCCCCUUCCGGAAUCGCCCAGAGCAGCAGGCCACGGCGUCUCGGCGAGAGAGAGAGAGCAGAAUCGAGAUGGACGGCGGUGAGCACGACGAGGUGGAGGAGACCUCCUCCAUCCGCCGGGAGCGCCUCCUCGCCCUACGUUCCGCCGCCAACGCAUCGCCGGCGGCGGCUCCUCUCCCGGCACCCGCGGGGAGCCUCCUCCCGGACCCUGACCUUGCGGGCGACCACCAGGCCUCCGCCCCGCCCCCGCGCCAGCCUCACCGGUUCGACUACUACACCAACCCCGCCGCCGCCUUCUCCUCCUCGCACACCAGCGGCGGCAGCGACCCCACGUGGUCCCACAAGCGCAAGAGUCCUCCCAAUUGCUACCCCCCGUCUCCCGCCCCGCCGCCCUACGCUGGACCAGGGAAUUAUGGUAGCAACUAUCCUCUGCCACACCAGCACCAUAUGGCUCCGUCACCAAUUCACUCCUCAUCACCGAUGCCACGAGAUGCACCAGGGAGCAGUCAUUGGCGAAGCCCUAUGCAGUUCCAGGAUCCAAUGCCAGGAUACCAAGGAACUCCUGGUGCUCCACCUCCUUGGGGCCAACAUUCUGGUUCUCCAGCUCGAGGUUCUUAUCCUAAUUCACCUGGCUUUGGGUUCAGGCACCCUCAUCCUGGCCGAGGCAGCAGCCCGAUGAGUUAUGGACCAAGAGGUGGCCCACAGUCAUCCUACGGGCGAGGCAGGGGCCAAAACUUUAACAGCAGCCCAGGUUCAUGGGGAAGAGGGGGGAGGGGUGGCGUCGGUUUCCAGAACCGUUCUGGAUGGCAAGACCGGAGGAGCUUCUUCAACAAAUCCAUGGUUGAUGACCCUUGGCAGGACUUGCAACCUAUUAUUGGCAACAUACUGAUACCUAGGGACGCCUCCAAGUCCUGGCUUCCAGAGUCGCUGCGUGCAAAGAAGGAAAAACCUGCUCAGGGACAAAUCAAGUCGCCAUCAUCAGGAUUGAGCCUAGCGGAGUACCUGGACUUGUCUUUCAAUGACGCUUCUAACGAGACAUGAGCAUUUGUAUGUAUCAUUAGAAUUGCAGAUUUGCUGUUGUUUUCCCUAUCAUGUAAUAGAUUUUUCUGUCUUUUAGUUCGUGUUCCUGUUCUGUUUCACUGCUUCCAUGGAGAUUCUGUUGAUGGGUGUGAGAACUCCACCCCGUACCAUUUGUUACUACCAUUUAUGCAACUUCACGAUCCUGCCUUAUCUUGAUAUAAGGCACUAAUGCGUGGAGGAAACGAGAUGGAUUAACACUUUUUCUGUUUUUGUGCA